CGGGAAUGUCAUGUCAUGGAUUGUGUCAGUCGGCAAGUCCGUUGAAUAGAAGUGCUAGCUGCUACAAAACGAAAAAAUCUCAUUUAGUUAGUUUAUAUGUAUUUAUUUUGGCUUUUCACUGGAAAAAACCUAAUCAUUUUGUUGUCACCGGAUAUUAAUCAUGGAAAUGCCAACUGGAUAUCUGCAAGUCGGACUCAGUAUUAACAUAAAAAGAACGGAUGGACGAGUACAUUCAGCCAUUGUUGCUGCAGUUAACAAUGAUCAGCGAUGUGCAACGGUGGAAUGGUUUGAGCAGGGUGAAACAAAAGGCAAAGAAGUCGACAUGGCCGCUAUAGAAUCUCUAAAUCCUGAAGUAAUUAUUUUGAAGCCUGGUGAAGAGCCAAAGUUUAAUAAGCUCCAGAGGAACCCAACACAUAGGCAAAUCCCAAAAUCAAAUAAUGGAAUGAUGCCCAAAUCUCGGAUAACGAGUUUCAAUGGACCCAAUACAAAUAGCAAUACCAACACCAAUACAAAUACACAUAUAAAUUCUCCAGCUGAUAACACCCUUGUUGGAAAUCCUCCACCCAUUACGAAUAUUCCUACUGGUAAACCAUCAACAAAUUCCCAAAAUCCUCGACGUAGUAAUGUGGUGAAAGAAGUAGAAAAACUGAAGAAAAAUAGAGAGGAAAGGCGACAGAGGCAAGCAGAAGAAAAGGAAGCAAAGGAGGCCUUUUUAAAAAUGGAUCCUGGAAAUCCGCAUUGGGAACUCCUAAAUAUGAUAAUGGAGUAUCAAAAGGGUCUUGAAAUGAAGCCAAUAACCGAAAAUGAUAUAAUUGAGGAUCAUUUAAUCACUGUGUGCGUUAGAAAGAGGCCUCUGAAUAAAAAAGAAGUAGCAAAGAAAGAGGUCGAUGUCAUUACAAUACCCAGUAAAAAUCAAUUGAUUGUCCAUGAGCCCAAAAAUAAAGUAGACCUAACUAAAUAUUUGGAAAACCAGCUUUUUAGAUUUGAUUUUGCGUUUGAUGAAUCCUGUACUAAUGACUUAGUGUAUAAGUAUACAGCACAGCCAUUAAUCAGAACGAUAUUUGAAGGAGGCUUUGCAACUUGUUUCGCAUAUGGACAAACAGGUUCAGGCAAAACGCACACUAUGGGAGGAGAUUUUAAAGGCAAAGAUCAAGACUGUCAAAAAGGAAUUUAUGCUAUGGUUUCAGCUGAUGUAUUCCGAUUGACCAACUCUCCCAAAUAUAGACAUCUCAACUUAGUUGUCUCAUCUAGUUUUUUUGAAAUAUACUCAGGAAAGGUUUUUGAUCUAUUGAAUAAUAAAGCAAAACUGAGAGUAUUGGAAGACGGAAAGCAACAAGUCCAAGUUGUAGGUCUCGUAGAAAAAGUUGUUUAUUCAACGGAUGAAGUGCUCAAGCUUAUCCAGAAAGGAAAUCAGGCACGUACGUCUGGACAAACGUUCGCUAAUGCCAAUUCUUCAAGAUCUCACGCAGUAUUUCAAAUAUUUUUACGGUCCAACAAUAAUAUGUCAAAAAUACACGGAAAAUUCUCACUUAUAGAUCUGGCUGGAAACGAAAGAGGAGCUGAUACGUCUUCAGCAAAUCGACAAACAAGAAUGGAGGGUGCUGAAAUAAACAAAUCGCUUCUAGCAUUAAAAGAAUGUAUCAGAGCACUGGGCCGUCGCGGAGCACAUCUGCCAUUUAGAGUUAGCAAACUAACUCAGGUCUUGAAGGAUUCUUUUGUAGGAUCGAAUUCGCGCACGUGCAUGAUUGCCAUGAUAUCGCCAGGUGUUAGUUCAUGCGAGCAUAGUUUAAAUACUCUAAGAUAUGCAGAUAGAGUUAAAGAAUUGGGAGGUGGAGAUUUGCCGACUAAUAUGGGAUCAGAAUCUGAACAGGAUGAUGAGGGUGGUAUGUCACAGCUGAGAUCGUUUAACGAAGCGGAAAUGACUCCGGAAAUGUUAAACUUUCAUCAAGUUAUAUCUGAACUGGAAAUAGCUGAAGAUAAUAUGUUGGAUAAUCAUAAACAGACAAUCGAGGCGAUGCAGAUAGCAUACCAUAAAUCAGUUGAGAUGCUACAAACUACAGAAGAAGUGGGUUAUGAUCAAGAAGUCUACUGUAGAAAAUGGGAGGAGCUAUUAGACAGCAUGAUAGUAACCCUUUCAAACGCCAAAAAACAUGUAGGAGACUACAAAAACAUAUUGGCAGCCGAGGAACAGCUUAGUCGUAAAACUACUAAAAGAAAGUGAAAAAAAAAACCUCAUGAACAACCACUGCUAAUAUUUUGCAUGUACACUAAUUUCUUUUACUAUUUUUGUUUAUUUAUUUAUUACAUCGUAUGUUUUUUUGUUUACUAAUUUAUUUUUUGUCUGAAACUUCUACCGGUGAUGCGACCCUAACUCUACGCUUUUGAAUAAAAACUAAUAUGUAUUUACAUUCCUGUGAAACCCAAUUAUUUGGGAAUUGAUUCACCUGUACGUAGAGGCCUUGAUUUUUGACUGUCAACUUGGUAAUACUAGGUGUUAACUUGAUUUAAAAAAAUAGAAUCCCAAUUUUCUCAUAAUAUGAACUAAGUAGCUUGCAGAAACAGAAUUCAAUUUAUUUUUGUUUAUUUCUAGUGGAGUUUUUUUUUCUACGAUCAUAACUUUAUUGGAAAUAGAGUAGAGAUAAUGGGGUAAGGACUUUGGAAAUAAAACUCCCUUUUUUCAAAAAAUUAUGCCGACGUUUCGUUCAUUUUUUGUUUGUAGCCUGUGAAGAAGACCAAAUAUAUGGUCGAAACGUCGGCAUAAUUUUUUGAAAAAAGGGAGUUUUAUUUCCAAAGUCCUUAACCCAUUAUCUCUACUCUAUCUCAAACACUAAGGACGUUAUCUAUAAACAUUAUUGGAAAUAUUCACAGAAAUGUAUAAAAAUCUGGAUUUACUGGAUUGGAAUUAAUUUCAGUCAAAAAACUUGGCUUGAGUGCAAUAAACAUUAACAUCAGAUUUACUAAAGAACCCCUACACACAAUAAGAAUUGUAAUAAUCUCAUUCAAAAAGUUUGUUUAAAAAAAGUCUGUAGUCUUCCCCUAAAAACAUGUAAUUAUUUAAAAUACUUAGCAUUCAAUAAUUUUUCACAUUUUGAACUGGUUUUUAAAGACAAAUAGUAAAUAUUCAAAGGUAAUUUCUAUAAAAUUGUGUGCUCAUUAUUUUAUUUGGAAGAUAUUUGUUAUUGCAUUUACCAUAAGUUUUCAAAAAUGAACCCUACCAAAUAUAGCCUGGCGGUUUAAUGAAGACUAUGAGUUAAUUUAGGACCUAAAAUUGAUGAUUAUUAUAUGAAAGAAAAAAAGUAUUUUGUCUGAAAACGAUAUGGGCUGUUCCAAAAACCACUAGUUUUAAUGGUAGCAACUAUAAUGAUAAGAUUUUUUGUAUAGCCAGCUGUUUUAGUUAGGAUAGUCAUAAGAACUGCAUUUGUGGAGAUAUUUAUUACCUAAUUAUUUGUCAGGAACUAUAAAUAAUGCUCACCAGAAAAUACAGGGUUUAAAGAUAGCUUUAAAAACAAUUUUUGCUUUCAAGAAAUCUGCUUAACCCAUAACAUUCGUUGGUAGAUUGAUCAUUAUUUUCAUACGUCAUCGUCUAGCGCGUUUCAACGAUUUUAAAUUUUUUUAGUUUUGAAGUGCCUGUAGAAAACUUAUUUGACCUCAUAGAUUUUUUUGCAAAGUAUACCUAAAAUAGUCCCUUUUUUAAGAUUUUAUGUUUAAAUUUUAGUAAAAGAGCGCAUUUUUGUAAUCCAAAAAUAUAUACAGGGUGUCCCAGGGAAAACAGCCCACCCCGAAUUAUUGGAUUUGGAUUGAAAAUCUGGGAAAACGCGCGGAUACGUCGAUUUUUGAUUUGCGAGGGAACUUUUUUUCAUCCCUGUAGCUUCUACCUCCUAGCUAGGGGGAGAACAACCUCCCAAAUUUGAUUAGGGAAUCGAGUUCAUUAUGGCCCUAGGAUUUCGUCUCAUUAUUUUCAUCCAAAACGAAAUGACAGGGAAAUAGAUACCGCUUUCACCCCUACUAGAACAAUAAUCUAUUUCCAAGAUUUUGACAAGCUGUCAUUGCGUAACGAAUAAAUAUAAUGAGACGAAAUUCUAGGGUCAUGAAGAGCUUAAUAAGACCUUCAAAAAGAGGUAUGAUACGACUCCUAUCCGUUAUUCAAAUUUGGGGGGUUGUUCUCCCUCUAGCAAGAGGGUUGAAGCUACGGAGAUGAAAAAAACUGAAAAAUAUUUCCCCCUCAAAUCAAAAAUCGAUGUGCCCGAGCGUUUUUCCAGAUUUUCAUUUCAAAUAGAAAAAAUCAGGGUGGACUGUUUUCCCUGGGACACCCUGUAUAUAAUUUGUCUGUUCAUUGAGCCGUUUUUCAUGUAGGUCUGGUUCUAAAAAUUGUGUACUACUAUAUUAUAUAUCAGAAAAACCUAGGGCCUUAGAUUUCGUGAACCUUCCCACCUGUAGCUUUAAUUUUCACAGGUUCAGCCAAUGUUAGGUUUUUCUGAUAGUAAUUUUACAAUUUUUUGAAUACGGCUUGACCAAACAGAGGCAAACAAUAUGUUUUUGGAAUUGGGGCAUUGUCAAAUAUGAAACCAAAUAUAGAAAACUCCAUUUAGAAAAGGUUAAGGUCAUGCAAAAUUUGACAUUCCCAAUGUUAAUUUUUUUUCCAAUAAUGGGUUCUGAAAUAUCAGGCAAAUUUUUUUUGUUUCAAUUUUCACCUCUUUAGGUGAAGGCUGCAGCUGAGGUGCACACCCCCACUAGGGAUUAUGUGAAGAGAUAUCAAAAAAUUGUAAAUACAAAAGUUUUGGGGUUUUACUUGAAAUUUUCGAAUCCCAUGUAAAAAAUGUUUUUCUCGUUCUAAAAAUGUCAAAUUUUGACAGAUAGUCAGUUUUUUUCUCAUGGAACACCCUAUAUAUGACUUCAUAGUUGAACAGAGUCAAAUUUUCUGAUUUCAAGUAUAAAGUUUACCAACUUCUAAUUAAGCCGUUUUAGAAAUAUCGGGCUCUAAACUAAGAAAAUAAUACAUUGAAACACCUUGGUAGGCGGUGCAUUGUUAUUGUUUGACAUGACACAGGUCUUUCAAUGUAUUAAUUCUUGAAGUUUAGAGCCCGAUAUUUCCAAAACGUCUCAAUUAAAAGUAGUUAAACAAUAUAUAUUACAAAUCAGAAAAUUCGACUCAUUUCAACUAUGAAGGGUGUUCCAUAAGAAAAAACUGACCAUCUGUUAAAAUUUGACAAAAGACAAAAACAUUUUUGACAUCGGAUUCGAAAAUUUCAGGUGAAACCCCAAAACUUUUGUAUUCACAAUUUUUUGAUAGGUUCACAUAACCCCUGUAGUCGGGGGGUCUAUAUAUGGGGAAAAGCCCUGUACAUUCACAACGUAUUUUCAAUCCGGAACUGUAUUUUGUUCUGUAGCAAUUUUCUAGUUAUUUUAUUGUUAGUUCAAGACUCCAUACCAGUGAACACAGUGCGUAAAGAAGAUAGCACUGGCAGCAUUUGCCUUUCCUAUGAAUUUCAUGUUUUUACUUUAAGAAAUUAUUAUUAUUAUUAAGUUUUGUGUUACUUCUUUGCUUUAUAUGUUUUCCUAGAAAUUUCAGUUUCUGCAAUGUCGACUUUAUAGUGCCUUAUUGAGCAGCGUGCUUUUUGAUCAGCCUGGUAUGUUUGUAUAUUCCUUUUCGCUGUGAUUAUUUUUUUUGUUUUAAUUUGUGUAGUUUUAAGGGGAAGAAGACGAUAAAUAAAAUUAAUACUUUUUAGAAA